GUGAAGUGAGGAGUUUCCUGCAGUGUCUGCCUUAUAUCUCACAGCUCAGCUGUGAUCCAGACUUCUUCCAGAGUGUGUGUACAUCCAUGUCUGUAAGAUCCAGAGAGGAGGCCCAGCAGCUGGAGUCUCUGCUGCAGCUCCUGGGGUUCCAGCUGCUGUUAACAGGAGAGUUACACAGGAAAAUCUGCUGGUCUGUGGGGAGAGUUCUCAAACUGUGUGGCUCUAAAGUGGAUCUCAUCCUCACACCCAGCAAGAUGUCUGCCAGAGGAGCCGCUCUCCUCUUUAGACACACAACACAACUACACAGUCUGAGGCUUUCCAUCGACAUGUCCUUGCUCCUGUUUCAGUGGGUAAGAAGAGGCAGAGUGGUCUGUCCACUGGCUGUUGAAGAGCUUUCUCUUGUGCCUAAGAAAGCCCGACCAUCACAGAGAGUAAUGUUGAGGGCUGUCAGUAGUUUGGCUUCCCUGCUGAGAUACUGGACAGUCGGACGGUUAGACCUGACUGAGAGCUGCAUCCCUGCUCAGGGUCUGAUUACACUGCUGCUCCAUGAUGGUCCUCUAACAGUCAAACUGAGUGAAGAGAGCUUCCAGCAGCUUCUGUGUCUCCUCCAUGAAAUCCAGGACAAGGACUUGACGUUAUCCUUCUUCAGUAAGGUUGGUGGAGACCUGACCUCCUGCUGUCUGAACUGGGAGCUUCUUCACUAUCUGCUGCAGCAGUCGUCAGCUCAGACCAUCACUGUGGACCUGAGGAAGAACCUCUUCUUACAGGAGGAAACCACACGUCUGCUUCCCUUUCUGGACAGGAUUGUGUUUAAAAGGCCCAGUCCCAGCUUUGUGAUGAGCUCCAUCAGAGAGCUCUACAGAGCUCAUGACAGUCACGCUGUACCCAGUUUACUGAGGUCACUUGGUCAUGUGAUCAACCUGAGCUGCAGAGAGCUGGACUCAGUGGACUGUGCUGCUCUGAUCUUCAUCCUCAAACAUGGAGACGGAGUCAAACUGAACCUCCUGUGGACCUCCAUACCAGCAGAGGGAGUAGAGUCCAUCCUCUUCAUGCUGGACAAAGUUUCUCAUCUCAGUGUUGACAGGAAUCAGCUGCUGAGGUUCAUCCACUGCUGUGCUGCCUGUGACGUCCAGCAGGAGGCAGCGUCAGGCCUGCUGAGGACUCUGCAGCACAGCUUGGAUCUGUCCUGCUCCUCCUGUGUGGAGCUACCAGAGGAGGAUCAGCCUGAGCCUCUGAGUCUGACUGCUGAUGACUGCAGGGCCGUCUCCACCAUCCUGACACACAGCAGCCGGGACACACAGCUCGACCUGCGAGACUGUGAGGUGGAGGACAGCGUGCUGGACCUGCUGUUUCCUGUCCUUCACAGGGUCCGCCUCAGAGUCAGUAAAACUGUCCUCCUCCAGCUGCUGUCUCUGGUUCCUGUGAACAGUGAGAGGGACACAGUGAGGCGGGCGGUGUCCCUGUGUAGAGCCCUGGAUGGAGAGCUGGAUCUCAGUCGCAGCACGCUGGAUCAGAGGGCCUGUGGUGCUUUGGUCCAGAUGCUGGACUCGUGUGAAGGGCUGACAGAGCUGGACCUCAGUCACUGUCAGCUCACUGACCAGCUGCUGCUCCCUCUCAUCACACAUCUGCACAAAGUCCAAGUCCUGGAUCUGAGUCACAAUCAGAUCACUGAUGCUUCGACUGAUGUGUUGCUCCAGCUGCUCUCCAUCAACCCCUCCAUCGACUGUGUGCGACUCUACAGCAACAACAUCGUGCACAGAGCAGCCUUCAAGGAACACAAGCAGUUUGAGAUAUGAAGGAAUCAUCGUCAAGUAGUUGUUUUAAGAAGACAGUUUAUAUGGAGGCUCGGGAUAUAUCUCAUCCUGAUAUAGCUUUUGUUUCUCAGCUGCUACAGAUUUUUCUUUGAUGCAGCUCAAUUGUCUAAUCGAGCUCCAUUAAAGUAAGUAAGUAAAGUAAAGUUACUAAGCGCUUUUCACAGACAAGCGGUCACAAAGCACUGUUGACAAAAGGCUAAAAUAAACAAGAACGUUAGGUGCCAAAAUAGACGAUACAAAACAUAAUAAUAAAAUACAGUAAAGUUAACAGGUACUUUUAAAAUAAAAUAAAUAAAUCUCAGCAAAAAGCCUGAUUAAACAAAAAAGUUUUUAACUGCUUUUUAAAACAAUCCACAGAGUCAAGAAAAUGUAGUUGUGGUGGUAGACUGUUUCUUUGUGUAGCUUGGGAGUCGAGAAAGAGAUGAUUUGUUCAAGCUGGUAAACAGGACAUAACAAUAAUCUAAACGCGAUGACACAAAUGCAUGACCAAUUUUUUCCAGUUCAGCUGUGGAGACCUUAUGUCGCAAUUUAGAAAUGUUCCUUAAAUUAAAGAAAAAUCAAUGAUUUUACAUUCGAGUCAAGGCCCAGAGGAGAAUCAAAUAUUUCUCCAAGAUUUUGAAUGUUAGAUUUAAAGAAGGCCUUAAUUAACAGUAGAGCUGGCAACAAUAUUCUGUUUCUUCAGUAGAGGAGUUACCUCAGCAAAAUAGGAUGGAACACAAACUUGCCUCAGUGUGGGACCAACACUGGUAAGAGUCCCAGAUGGGACAGAGGGAGGUAGUAUAUCUAGGCAGCAUUUUCUUUGGGUUCUGUUUACAUUUUGAGUAUUGGUUUAGAUUUACUACUUUGUGUUUCAGUUAAGUACAGCCUCACCUGUGUCCAUUUGUAUCAUGUUGUCAAGUUUUUAUCUUUGGCAUGUGAUCCUUCAUGUAGUUACUUCCUGUUUUAUUUUGAUAUUGAUUUGUCUCUGGUAUAAUGUAUUUAUAUUUGCUUAUGCGUCUCAUUAUCCUGAUUGGUUUCAGCUGUGCUUUGUUCCCCAGCUGUUUUACACUCCUUUAAUUUGCUCAGUUUUAUAUUUACCUGUUAAACCUGAGAGUCCUGCAGGCAGCUACCGGGGACCUGUUUUCAGCUGAACCUUGACAGAUGACCAUCCUGAUCUAAAACUUCUGUAAUAAUGGUGAUUCAGUUAUUUUAUUUUUUGUUAGACUAUUGAGACAAAACAAAAAGGCCAACUUUUUUUUUUUUUUUUUUAAUCAAUGCAGUGAGUCGGCCAUAUUUAUUCAUUGUACUUUUGUGAUAACUGUACUUAUUCUACUCUGCAUUUUUCAGUCAGGACAGAGUAGAGAGACUCUAUAAUUACUUCUCAGAGGAGCGAUGCAAUAAGUGAGCAAUCAGGAGAAAACUAUGUUUGGUACUUUGACAUAACUGGAACAAAUGGCCAUAAACAUGUUAACAUAUAUCGGUUUUCAUAUUUUAUAUUACAUGACAUGGGUGAAAGUGGUUAUUUUUUCUGUGACAGUUUUCCUCAUUAAUGGAACUUGUUAACAAAACCUUCUACCAUAUUAGUUUACAGCUGCAAAUGGACUCAGGGAAUAAAUAAUAAAAGGCCAAAUGUCUGUAACAGUGAUUUAUAGUUGUAGUAAAUCAUGUUCAUGUUGCAGGAUCAUAGUCCGCUUCAGGUGCUGACGAAAGUUUUAAGACCAGGUUGACUUUAAGAAUUAAGAUCGGAGCAUUAAGAUUUAAAAUUGUUUGGCCUCACAUACUAAAGAGCACCAACAGGAUGGACCCUAAUUUACCUCACCAGUAUCCAGAUGAACAAGUAAUAAAGCAAAUUCAGCUCCCUUG